CCCGAGCACCCGUAGGUUGGAUAACGUGGAUAAGGCACCGGAAGUGACCGCUUCUUGGCUGCUUCCUCUCCUGGAGUCCAAAGUCCAGCUGCUCCGCCGCGAUAUUCAGUAAACCACUGGGAGUCCGGCAGCAUGGAGGCAGCGCGCCCUCCCGCGACUGCAGGGAAAUUUGUGGUGGUCGGCGGCGGCAUCGCGGGCGUCACUUGUGCGGAGCAGUUGGCUACUCAGUUUCCAUCAGAAGAUAUUCUCUUGAUAACAGCUUCUCCUGUUAUUAAAGCAGUUACGAAUUUCAAGCAGAUUUCUAAAAUAUUGGAAGAAUUUGAUGUUGAAGAACAAUCAAGUACCAUGUUAGAAAAACGCUUUCCCAACAUUAAGGUUAUAGAAUCUGGCGUAAAGCAACUGAAGAGUGAAGAACACUGCAUUGUAACAGAAGAUGGCAAUCAGCAUGUAUAUAAGAAACUCUGUCUGUGUGCUGGAGCUAAACCGAAGUUGAUAUGUGAAGGAAAUCCUUACGUAUUAGGAAUCCGUGAUACAGACAGUGCUCAGGAAUUUCAGAAACAGCUUACUAAAGCUAAAAGAAUAAUGAUCAUAGGGAACGGUGGUAUUGCACUUGAGUUAGUGUAUGAAAUUGAAGGCUGUGAAGUGAUUUGGGCCAUUAAAGAUAAAGCUAUAGGGAAUACUUUCUUCGAUGCAGGAGCAGCUGAAUUCUUGACUUCAAAGCUCAUUGCUGAAAAACCAGAGGCUAAAAUUGCACAGAAAAGAACCAGAUAUACAACUGAAGGAAGGAAAAAGGAAGCUAGAAGCAAAUCUAAAGCAGAUAAUGUAGGCAGUGCACUGGGACCAGAUUGGCAUGAAGGCUUGAAUCUUAAAGGAACAAAAGAGUUUUCUCAUAAGAUUCACCUCGAAACUAUGUGUGAAGUAAAGAAAAUCUACCUUCAGGAUGAGUUUAGAAUUUUGAAGAAAAAGUCCUUCACUUUUCCAAGAGACCCUAAGUCAGUUACAACUGAUACAGAGAUGUGGCCUGUCUAUGUGGAAUUGACCAAUGAAAAGAUAUAUGGCUGUGAUUUCAUUGUCAGUGCUACAGGAGUUACACCAAAUGUAGAACCUUUUCUCCGUGGUAACAGUUUUAAUCUAGGAGAAGAUGGUGGCCUGAAAGUGGAUGAUCAUAUGCACACAUCCCUUCCUGAUGUCUAUGCUGCCGGUGACAUCUGUACUGCAUCCUGGCAGCUGAGCCCAGUCUGGCAGCAGAUGAGGCUGUGGACCCAGGCUAGACAGAUGGGAUGGUAUGCAGCAAAGUGCAUGGCUGCAGCGAGUUUAGGAGACUCCAUUGACAUGGAUUUCAGCUUUGAACUGUUUGCUCAUGUGACAAAAUUUUUUAACUAUAAGGUUGUACUGCUGGGAAAAUACAAUGCACAGGGCUUAGGUUCAGAUCAUGAAUUAAUGCUGAGAUGUACUAAAGGACAAGAAUACAUCAAAGUCGUCAUGCAAAAUGGACGAAUGAUGGGCGCUGUCUUAAUUGGUGAAACUGAUUUAGAAGAAACAUUUGAAAACCUAAUCUUAAACCAAAUGAAUCUUUCAUCAUAUGGAGAAGAUCUACUAGAUCCAAAUAUUGAUAUAGAAGAUUAUUUUGACUGAAAAUAGAAUUUCUUCAAGAAUCAUAUAAAGUUCCAGAUGACACCAGAAGAAUCACAAGUCAAUAAAAUCAAUGACGGCAUUGAGUUAAUGAUGACCACACUGAAAAUUACUGAAGUGAUAAUGGUAUUAGUGGAAAAGUAUAAAAACAUAAAUUCCAAGUUUGAAAUCAGUUCAAAUAGUUUAUUUAUAAUCUUUCCAAUACAGCACUGACCGCUUAGAUAAAAAUCUUAAGUUAUUUAUUUCUAUGUUUUAAACAUAAAUAUGUUUACUUGUGAUUUAGCUUUGAAGCAAAUUUAGCUAAGUUAUCUACUUAGCCAAAUGUACUCUAGUAGACUAGAACCAUUCUUUGUGAAAAGUCAAAAUAUGACUGUGGUUUCAGGAACUUUAAAAUCGGUUUUAUUUUACUUUAAAUAGAGAUGUAGCAGUAUCUCAUCUGCUAAUAUU